AUCAAAUGGACGCCGCGCUGGCUCGGCUGGAAAGCCUCGGUCUCGAGAGUUCUGAGGUCCCGGGUUUAAUCCCGGACCCGCCUCUGUGGAGUUUGCAUGUUCUCUCCGUGCCUGCGUGGCUUUUCUCCGGGUGGGCACUCCGGUUUCCUCCCACAUCCCAAAAACACGCAUGAAUUAAUGGAGACUCUAAAUUGCCCGUAGGUGUGAUUGCGAGUGCGACUGUUGUCUGUCUCGAUGUCUCCUGCGAUUGGCCGGCAACCAGUUCAGGGUGAGACCCGCCUCCUCCCCGUUGACAGCUGGGAUGGGCUCCGACACUCCCGUGACCCUCGUGAGGAUAAGCGGCUCAGAUAAUGGACGGAUGAACUUUUGAGAAAGUAAUCAAUUACUACGGCCGUCGUGAGUCAGCAACUUCACGAGCUAAUUACUGCAGUUUUCGGCCUCCAAAGUCCUGACUGCUAUGGAAAUAUGAAUUCAAGCCUUUUAUAUUUCCAAAAGUGGGAAAUUUGAGUUCAUUUUAGGCAAUCUCGUCGUGCGAUAAUUAAGGGCGACCGGCAGACAAACGUUUGCCUGAUUGCCAUCGUUGUGAUGAAAUGGACGCGACGUUUCCUCAACGUUUACGUGGCCGAGCACCCGCGAGUGUCACAUGUUUAUAAUAUUUGCGAAGCUUCGCAUUACGCGAUUUGCUGAAAUGAGAAAAGUCUUCGGAGAAAUUAGCAGGAAGUUGCGGCGAGCAUCGUGUUCAGGUCGAGCCAACGUACGUGCGUUAAUUCUGCUUCGUCACCUCAAAUUCGUCUCGCGUCGUGGUUUGAAACAUUCUGCAAAUAAGGAAACAAUGACUUCUAUGACCUCGACAAAGUAUUACGGAAGAGCGUUAGAAUGUGUAACGGUACAAAAUACAUCAGAUGUAACCGCGAGAGUGAAAAGAUGACACAAUAAAGAUAAUCCCCGACUCCGUUUAAACUCGCGACUCAUUCACAUUUACUUCCCCUUUUCAUCAUUUUCUCAUUGAAUAAGGAAAAAAACAAAAUUGCUCUUGUUCUUUCUUUUCUUUUUUUUUACCUGCGUCUUGUACACACACACACACACACACACACACACAUAUACAUAUCCAGUGAAGAAAACAAGUAUUUGCUACAUCGCAAUUUCUCCCACUUGGAAAUCAUGGAGGGGUGUGAAAUGUUCAUGGUAGCUGCACGUCCACUGUGAGAGAGAUCAUCGAAAAAGAAAAAUCACAAUGUAUGAUAUUUUUUCAAAUGAUUUAUUUGUGUGAUCCAGCUGCAAAUAAGUAUUUGAACACCUGUCCAUCAGCUCGAAUUCUGACCCUCAAAGAGCUGUUCGUCCGCCUCUCAAAGUCCGCCUCCACUCGCAUGAAUGUUCCUGCAUCCGAUGCACCUCUGUGAGGUUGUUAGCUGCAGAAAGUCACCCGACCUCCCCGUACAAUCAGUAAGACUCAAACUUGUAACGUGGCCAAGGCCAAAGAGCUGUCCGAAGACACCAGAGACAAACUUGUACAACGCCGCAUGGCUGGAAAGGGCUACGGAGCAGCUUGGUGAAAAAAGAUCCACUGUUGGAGCAGUCGUUAGAAAAUGGAAGAAGCGAAACGUGACGCUCGACCUCAACCGGAGUGGAGCCCCGUGGCAGAUAUCACCUCGCGGGGUCUCAAUGAGCCUCGGAAAGGUGAGGAAUCAGCCCGGGACCGCACGGCAGGACUCGGUCAACGACCCGAAAAGAGCUGCCACCGCCGUUUCCAAGGUGGCUGUCGGUAAUACGUCGUGGUUUGAAAUCGCGCGUGGCACGGAAGGUUCCCCUGCCUAAAGCGGCACGUGCCAAGCCCCGUCUUAGGUUUGUCAAGUCACGGGGGAAAGUUUUGUGGUCAGACGAGAUGAAAAAUGGCUGCGGUAACCGUGCUUGGAGGAAGACCAAUGACGAGUUCCAUCCCGAGAACACCGUCCCUACUGUGAAGCACGGGGGUGGUAGCAUCGUGCCUUGGGGACGACCGCGGCCGUCUAUUGUGAGAUUUUGGGGAGCGACCUCUUUCCCUCAGUCGGGGCCGUGGCGGGGGUCUUUCGACACGACAAUGACCCGAAGGACACGGCCGGGAAAACCGAGGAGUGGCUCCGUAAAGAAGCACGUCAAGGUUCUGGCGUGGCCUCGCCAAUGGAAAAUCUUUGGAGGGAGCUGAAACUCAGCCAGGACACCUGUCUGAUCUCGAGGAGUGGGCCAAAAUCCCUCCUGCAGUGCGCGCAAACCUGGUGAACAACUACAGCAAACCUUCGACCUCCGUGACUGCAAACAAAGGCGACUGUACCAACUAUCAACAUUGGUUUUCUCAGGUGUUCAAAUACUUAUCUGCAGGUGGAUCACACAGAUCAAUCGUUAAAAAAAAAAAAAUCAAAGAUUGUGAUUUCUGGCUUUUUCUUUUUGGAUGAUUUUCUUCACUGUAUAUAUACACGUAUAUGUGUGCGUGUAUGAAAUGACUUUUUGUCAAGGAGUCCAAGUGAAUGGAAGCCAUUUGCAAGGUUGCGCCACACUUCCUGUUGCAGCAGGAGCCGUGACUUUGAUGAGCGGCGCUUUGACGUGCAUCAGCUUGCAGCGUUUGCGUCACGGCGCCUCGCCGAGAGCUUUCUCAUGUACUGCACAAGUGAUUACAAUGAUUGUAUUUGUUGAACUCCAGAAGAGGCUUUUACUUUUUGUCUUUUUUGGCUCGCCCUGCCGUCGUUAUCGCUCAUCAGAUCUGAUCGCGUCUGUUCUCACUUAUUCGCCAGUGCCACCUCGUUUGAUUAUUCAGAGUGCAGAUUUUCUUUUUUUUUUUAAAAUUCAAAUUUAUUAUGACUUUUGCAAUAAACUCGAAUUACGAUAACAUAUAUCACUUCAACUAAUAUUAAAGUGCAUUUAACCUUUCAGUCAAACAUCCAAAGUUGAACAACCAACCCAAGAAAAAAAGAAAGAAAAAAAAUCACAUUUCAAAAGAAAUGGCAAUAAUUGGAAAUAUUUGGAAAUUGAGUGUUUGACAAAAUGUCCCCGGUUUGACUUUGGGAGAAUUUCCAAUGCGGUUUAAGCAAUGAAGUUAAGCAAAGCAAGCAGAUUUGAGAUUGUAUCGUAAAAGAGGCGGCGGCGGCGGCGUCCACCAAAACUGAAGAACAAGACAAAACUCAUUUUAAUAAUUUUCCUUUUCAAUAAAACGAUUGCAUCCAUUUUUAUUCCAAUAUUUGGUUUGUUUUAUUUCUGGGAUGACCACACGCCGAUCCAAACUCUUCAUUCUUUUGGAUUCAGGUGUUUUAUUAAACUGCAAAAAUUAUGAUGACUUUUGCUACCGAAUUUGAUUCCGUUGUGUGAUAACGACGGCAAAAAAAAAAAAAAAAGACUUUUGGAAGGUUGCGGGCGCUUUUCAAGUCCCUGCAGGUCACCACAUUGGUGUGUUAAGUGGGAAUAAAACGCCUGGUCGUGGUUUUCCUUCUUGACGAGCGAGCAAAGGGAGACGUUUGUAACGUAUUCAUUCACGUAGGUACGCCGUGCAUUUUUCAGUGGGAACAUGACUCCCCGAUGACAUUGACUUUCUCGUGUCGAAUGAUUUGUCACCAGUGAUUCAGUUAUCAGUUGAUCAAUUUGAAGGUGAGUGAUGGGCAACAUGAAAAAGACGUAAAAGGUGUCGCGCAUUCCUCUCGCAUAAUCCGAUUGCGCAAGUUCACCUGUAUUUAUCAGUGACAGGCUGCUGCGCGGGUGUGCCACGGGCAGGUCACCUAACGGUGAAAUUAUGUUGUUUACCCCCCCCCCCCCCCCCCCGCACAGUUGUAAAUUCCCACUCGACUGCCAAGUGCCCCGUUUUGCGCAAUCUCCGCAUGAGCUGACUCACGCGAGGGGCUAUAAAAGGAGGAAGUCUCCCCUUCGGCACUUCACUCAAACAGCAGAGAGCUCAAAGUCUCCUGAAGGAAGCUCAAAGCAAACGCAACAAGUCGAGAAAAGCGCACCGUGACUUUUUCUCAGCGAGCUUUUUGAACAGCGCCGUCGUCCUCUUUUAUUUCCGACUUUGAGCCGUCGUCCGAUUUGAGAAGGUGAAAAAUGAUGAGCAAAGCGAUCCUCGGCGCUCUGGUGGUCCUGCUGGCUUCUGCGGCCGUCAGCGAAGCGAUGGCCCUGAGAAGUCUGGGCGUGGAGCUGCACUGCCGCUGCAUCCAGACGGAGAGCAGGCCCAUCAUCCGCCACCGCAUCGAGAGGCUGGAGCUGAUCCUUCCCAACUCCCACUGCGAGGACACCGAGAUCAUCGCGACGCUUAAAAAGAGCGGCCACCAGGUGUGCCUCGACCCCAAGGCCGACUGGGUCGAGAGAGCCAUCAACAAGAUGCUCGAGAAGAGCAAAAGACGCUGAGCAUCCGCGCAAAAGGGGGACAAAUUCUCCGCCGGCUGCUUUUCCAAAGACUUGAACAAGUUUGCCCGAGGGCUCCUUAAGAACCGAGCAGAACGGCUUACUUGAAAAACCGUAUGAAGGUCCCAACAGACAAAUUGUUUGUAUCUGAUAUUAUUUAUUGUCAGCGUUUGGACAUUCCCGCUGUGUGUGUGUGUGUGUAUGUGUUGCUGCCCGAGUGGCUACCGACUGUUACUAUUCUUAUUGCUUAAACUUAUGCCCAAUCUAUUUAUUGUAUUUAUGUGAAUGCAAUUUUUGUAUUUUUUUGCGACACCUUAUUGUUGAAUAAAAAAAACAGAUCAAA